AUGACCCAGUUUAACAUAGAAGUAGUCAGCGACACUGUGUGUCCAUGGUGUUACGUUGGCAAGCAGAAGCUGGAGAAAGCUAUUAGCGCCUACAAAACUCAACACCCGGACUCAAAUGAUACUUUUUCCACGACAUGGAUGCCCUUCUAUCUCAAUCCCGGGGCUCCCAAAGUCGGUGUUGAUAAGACAGCGUACUACAGAAACAAGUUCGGCGAUGACCGCACGGAAAUGAUCUUCGGACGACUCAGUCAAGUGGGCAAGGACACGGGGAUUAACUUCAAGUUUGGGGGUAAGACUGGAAACACCAGGGACAGUCACCGUUUGAUUCAACUUGGGAAGUCGAAGUCCCCAGCCAUCCAGACCAGAGUAGUAGAAGAGCUGUUCGCCGCUUAUUUUGAGAAUGAGGGUGAUAUUACAAGCCAUGAGAUACUCCAGAAGGCUGGUGUAAAGGCUGGGCUGGAUGAAAAGGAGGUUAAGGAGUGGUUGCGAACUGAUAAGGGGGGCAAGGCUGUCGAUGAGGAGGUCGAGGCUGCGCAGUUGAACCAGGUUAGUGGGGUGCCGAACUUCACUAUUCAGGGGAAGUAUGAAAUUGGUGGUGCGCAGGAUCCAGGAGUGUUUUUGAGGUUGUUCGAGAAGAUCAAGGCUACGGAGGAAGGGGCGAAGGCUUGA